AUGUCUCAACCACACCCGGAUCAUCUCCCCCCCUCCAAACUGGGCACAAAGUCCUAUUGGGAUAAGCUAUACACGACAGAACUGACAAACCACGCCUCCGACCCCUCCGACAUAGGAACAAUCUGGUUUGACGACUCCGACGCCGAGGCCAAGAUAACGGGGUACCUAUCCGGGGAGUCAUCCCUCCCACGCGACACCACGUCCUUUCUCGACCUGGGAUGCGGCAACGGCUCUCUGUUAUUCUCCCUACGCGACGGUGCCCAGGACUCGGACGAUGAUGAUGACGAUGAUGACGAUGGACGAGAACAACGAAAACAACAGGACAGAUGGACAGGUCGUAUGUUAGGUGUAGACUAUUCACCCCAGUCAGUCCAGCUAGCGAGACAGGUAUCAUCAUCAUCUUCUUCUUCUUCCUCCUCCUCUGCGGGGAAGUCGAGGGACAACAUCUCCUUUGAGGAGUGGGAUGUCCUAUCCGGCCCUUGGAAGACGGUGCUCAACGGUCAGCAGUCGGAGGGGUGGGACGUCGUUCUCGACAAGGGCACCUUUGAUGCUAUAUCUCUCAGCGCCGGCGGCGACGGCGAUGGCGACGACGACGGAGAGGGAGACGGUGACGAUAUUAGAGGAAGUCAAGGUGAUCAAGGGAACAGUAGUCCUCGCCGCCGCCCAAACGAGGGCUACAGACCGCGUGUUCUGCAGCUCGUACGUCCAGGGGGCUACUUCAUCAUCACCAGCUGUAACUGGACUGAACCCGAGCUGAGGGCCUGGUUCGAGGGCGACGACGGCUUCGUACUGCAUGGUAGGGUCGAGUAUCGCAGCUUCCAGUUUGGCGGUCACAAGGGUCAGACCAUCACCACCCUCUGUUUCCGUAAGAGGUAG